CCCUCGCGUUCUUCUCUUCUGUGCCAUUAGUUUAGUUUUCACAUUCUCAUUCCCUUUUCCCGAGAAAACAAACGCAGCAUUAAUGGCGUCUUUUGACCAGGCACCUCCCGGCGACUCCAAGUCCGGCGAGAAAAUCUUCAAGACCAAGUGCGCUCAGUGCCACACCGUCGAGAAAGGUGCCGGCCACAAACAAGGACCCAAUCUGAAUGGUUUGUUUGGAAGGCAGUCAGGCACUACUACUGGAUACUCCUAUUCUGCUGCUAACAAGAGCAUGGCUGUGACUUGGGAGGAAAAGACCCUAUAUGAUUACUUGCUUAAUCCCAAAAAGUAUAUUCCAGGGACAAAGAUGGUGUUUCCAGGUCUUAAGAAACCCCAGGAACGCGCUGAUCUUAUUGCAUAUCUGAAAGAAUCAACUGCACAGUAAAUUUUUGUUAAAAGUUUUAUGAGAUUUAAUUUUUAGACAUUUAGUUCAGCCGGUGCAGUGAUUACUGUAGAAUUGGCGAAUAAAGUAGAUCACAUUGUUUGCAAUGCUAUUUUGUUCAUUUUGCAUUGCUUUUAUAAGAGGCUGCCGUAAUAUGGCGGGUGUAACAUUUAAUCCAAUUAUCAGUUCAUUAUUGAAACAUUCAAAUCGAUAUUUGGUUACCAGAA